AUGGAGAAGGAAGAGGAGAGGAAGGGGGAAGCUCGAGAAGUCGACGGAAGGGGAGAGGAGACCCCGGCGGUGGCUUCGGCGCCGGUGGUUGUGCCCGCCGGUAAUGGGGGACACGCGGUGGCGGCCGGCGACGAGGGGAAGCUCUAUCCCUCUCCGCUGCUGCGGCAGGAAGAGCUUCUCGGAAACCCCGUCCUCUUCGGAGAGAGUCUCCGACGCUUCCAUUCCAUCAUGGGCACCAAAUUCAUGUAAGCCCGACCCCAUCUUCGCCCAUUCUUGAACAUCUGCUCUUGGGUUCCUUCCCCUCACACAUAUGACCAUCCAACGCACAUCUGUUCUAGUGAUUUCGUCCUCUAACCCUGUUUCCUUUGCGAUGUGGAGGAUUCCUGUCAUCGGAGGGAAGGAGCUCGACCUGCAUCUCCUCUACGCGGAGGUCACCCAGAGAGGCGGCCUGGAGAAGGUCCUUCCUCGCCGGACGAGCAACAUCGGAGAUACGACUGCGAUUUUUAAUGAUCUUCGAGCAGGGUUCGUCUGAAGGGGCAUCGUUUAAUUCGCAGGUCACGGCGGAUAGGCGAUGGAGGGAGGUCAUCGCGGUGUUCAGAUUCCCUCCGACGACCACCAGCGCCUCCUUCGUGCUCCGGAAGUAUUACGUGAACCUCCUCCACCACUUCGAGCAGGUCCAUCUCCAUGGCCGGCGAGGCCCCCUGGUUCCUCCCCCAGGUACAGAGGGAACGAUCAUCCUCUCUGCUUCCUCUUCCUUCCCUCUCUCUCAUCAGAUUCAAUUUGUCCUCAUCCAGCCUCGCUACAUGCCAAAACCUCCCCCUACAAGUUCGACUCCUCCGAUCCCCGUCAACAGCAGCUGGCCAAGAACAGGAAGAGAGUAUUUUCCACCCUCCAAGGCAAAGGUAAUCGUUCCACUCUCUCUCUGUCUCUGUCUCUCUCUUUCUCUCUCUCUCUCUCUCUUACGUCUCUUCUUCGUUCUCUGUUAAGCAGCCGCGACGAGUUUCACGGUGUCGGGGACGAUAGACGGCAAGUUCGAGCACGGCUACCUGGUGACGGUCAACCUGGGAUCGGAGAUCCUCCGCGGAGUGCUCUACCACGCGCUGCCGUCGGGCACACCGCCGACCUCGCCGGCGUCUGGGUUCAGUGCCGCCGAUGGGUUCGCCGCGGGGAGAGCGCACCGCCGGCGACGGAAGGGGUGGAGGAGCCGCGACCCCGCCCACCCCAAGCCCAACAGGAGCGCUUAUAACUUCUUCUUCGCCGACAAGCACUCCAAGCUCAAAACUCUCUACCCGCACAGGGAGAGGGAGUUCAGCAAGAUGAUCGGCGCGUCCUGGAGCAAGCUAACGGACGAAGAGAGGAUGGUGAGUAGAGAAGAACAAGAAGAGGAAGGAGGAAAUCCAAGGCAAAGAGCUCAUUAAUAGCGACCCCUGCUUUCUUACUCCUUCUGUUCUGGCGUUGCAGGUGUACCAGGACUGCGGGCUGAAGGAUAAAGAAAGGUACAAGCGGGAGAUGCAGGAGUACAGGGAAAGGUUAAAGCUUUCAGCAGAGCAUUGCGUCACUCCCCAGAGCUGA